AUGGAGAAUUUGCUUGGAUUGCUCAAAAUUCAUGUUCAAAGAGGAGUCAAUCUUGCUAUCAGAGAUGUCAAAAGCAGUGAUCCUUAUGUUGUCAUCAAAAUGGGAAAACAGAAGCUGAAGACUAGGGUAGUUAAGAAAAAUCUAAAUCCAGAGUGGAAUGAAUACUUGACUUUAUCAAUUUCAGAUCCUAAAACUCCAAUUCAUCUACAUGUGUACGACAAGGACACAUUCAGCUUGGAUGACAAAAUGGGGGACGCGGAGUUUGACAUAGGUCCAUUUGUUGAAGCAAUAAAGAUGCGGUUGGAAGGUCUUCCGAACGAAACUAUAGUCACAAAGGUGAUGCCUAGCAGACAAAAUUGCUUAGCAGAAGAGAGUCACAUUAUUUGGAAAGAUGGUAAAGUUUUCCAAAACAUGGUUCUUAGACUAAGAAAUGUUGAAUGUGGGGAAGUGGAGCUUCAGUUGCACUGGGUUGAUAUUCCAGGUUCAAGGGGUAUGUAG